CAAUUUCCGCUUCUCCAUCCCUGCAACAAAAUGAAGUUCCUCUGCGGCGCAGCCAUUUUACUCUUUCUGCUCUGCGAAGCUAGAGCCAAGAAGGUGAAGUUCCAGGACUGUGGCUCCGAGAAAGGGAAGCUAAUUUCGGUGGAUUUGACCCCUUGCUCUUCAGACCCGUGUGUGAUCAAGAGAGGAGCAAAUGCUUCAGGUGUCAUCACGUUUAUCCCACACGAGGUCGUCACGAGCUCCAAGGUGUUGGCCUACGCGAUCUUCGGUCUCAUUCCCGUCCCAUUGCCCCUCCCUAACUCGGACGGAUGUAAGGGUUAUGGUCUGACCUGCCCUCUGAAGUCCGGGAAGCAAGUCGAGCUCGUCUUCGAGCAUUACAUCGAUCAAACAUUCCCAACAGGGCACCUGACACUGAAGGCGGAGCUGAAGGAUCAAGAUUCUGACGUCGUGAUCUGCGGCAAGAUCCCCAUGACUCUGGAGUAGUUGAAGUAUAAUGUGAUAGUGGCUAGAGACUGCACAUAAUAGGGUGAAUAUCUAAUUAAUCUGAUCAGAAAUAUCAUAGGUCUUGUAAGGGGGAGGGGAGGGUAACAUUCGCCAGGUGCAUGUUGUUAUACAAACGAAAAAAAAAAAUUAUCGGUUUAUGGGGAUCGACUCGCCAUAAGGUAAGGGGUCGUCCACACUAACUGGGAUUCAAAAGUAUCCGGAUUCGUAUCGCUGAAAACACAUCACUUGAUUCGCGUCCACAUAAUCGUUUUCGCAGGAAGUUUCGCCUGGAUCCAGCCGUCCACACUAAUACGGAUUCAAACGAACGAUGAUAGGUACAGCGUGACGUCAUUUUCAUGAUAUGCGCAUGCUCAAAGCAGCGCGCGCCUGCGAUAUGACGCCCGUUUUCAUUUUGAUACGGAUUCGACCGUCCACACUACGGACCAAAGUAUACGGAUUCAUUUUGAUUCACUUCAACGGCGUUUUCAAAUGUAUCCGGAUUCGCUGGAUCCGACCUCCGUGCUUGUGUGGACGGAAGGCCUAAACGUAUCAAAAAGUACACGGAUUCAAACGACCCUGUCCCCAAGGGCUUCUGGGUAGACGCCAUACUCAAAAUCACCCAGGAGUCUCUUGGAUCCCCAUAAGUUAUUAUGGCGGUGUUGCUUUGAAGGCCAUAACUUACGAAACUGACAAGUUCGAAGGAAAAAAACUGUAAGUGCGGGCAAACCCUCUGUAUACAGGUCCAUAGGGGGCAUAUAAUCUUUAAAAAAGUACUUAGCAACUUUAUAAAAGUAAGUUAUGUAUAAAGAAACAAUUCUAACCGGACAUUAUAAUUUUAAGCUAGUAAAAACUUAUAACCCCAAAAUUGUUAAAACUGUUGCCUUAACAAACCAUUUCUUUUAUUGGAGAUCACCUAAAAAAUGAACAGUUCGAUUAUAACAAAACCGGAGAUUUCGUAAAAAAAAACGGAGAAUUCGGGAGAAAAUAGGCCUUUCCUUUCCCCUGCCCUUAGCCAUGAUUUUCUAUGUGUGGAUGCAAAGCAUAGAUAUGAAGCCUAUAUGCAAAAACUCUCCGAUUUGGAGACUCUUCAGUGAAAAAAAAAAAACGGGCUUACUGGUGGUUAAAAGGGGGGGGGGGGGGGGGGGUGAAUGCAGCACUAGCUAUGUGCCAGAGAUUUCAAACAAUAAAACAUGAAUGAUUGGUA